AGUUUCCUGAAGAGUGAGCGAGCCUCCCGAAUGGUUCAAAGUGGCGGCUGCUCAGCCAACGACUUUCGUGAGGUCUUUAAGAAAAACAUUGAACGGCGUGUCCGCAGCCUUCCAGAAAUCGAUGGUCUGAGCAAAGAGACUGUGCUGAGCUCCUGGAUAGCCAAAUAUGAUGCCAUCUACCGGGGGGAGGAGGACACGCGUCGUCCAACACAGCGGGCUCAUAUGGGUUCUGUGUCGGAGCUGAUCCUCAGUAAGGAGCAGCUCUACGAGAUGUUCCAGCAGAUCCUUGGUGUCCGCAAGUUUGAGCACCAGCUGCUGUACAACGGCUGUCAGCUGGAUAAUGUGGAUGAACAGGCAGCACAGAUCCGCAGAGAACUGGACGGCAGGUUACAGCUGGCUGAGAAUAUUGCCAGGGAAAGGCGAUACCCAAAGUUCAUCUCUGCUGACAUGGAGGUUCUGUAUGUGGAGGAGCUCCGUUCAUCUGUCAACCUGCUGAUGGCAAACUUGGAGAGCCUGCCUGUAUCCAAAGGAGGUCCAGACUUUAAACAGAAGCUCAAACGCUCCUCCAUGAACAACUCUUUCCUGGACUUGGGGGACGAAGGAGACAUCCUGUCCAAAUCAGAUGUUGUGCUGUCCUUCACACUGGAGAUUGUGAUCGUUGAGGUCCACGGGCUGAAGUCGCUGGCUCCAAAUCAAGUUGUUUACUGCACCAUGGAGGUGGAGGGAGGAGAGAAGCUGCAGACUGACCAGGCUGAAGCCUCCAGGCCACAGUGGGAGACUCAGGGGGACUUCACCACAACUCACCCUCUGCCUUCAGUCAAAGUGAAGCUCUUCACAGAACGUACUGGUGUCCUGGCUCUGGAGGACAAAGAACUGGGCCGAGUGGUUCUGAAUCCCACCACCAACAGUCCGAAGCAGGCAGAGUUCCAUCGAAUGGUUGUUCCCAGAAACAGUCCAGACACAGAUUUGAGAAUUAAACUGGCCGUCCGUAUGGACAAACCUCCCAACAUGAAGCACAGUGGGUUCCUUUAUGCCUCAGGACAAAGACUACGGAAACGCUGGAAAAAAAGAUAUUUUGUUCUUGUGCAGGUUAGUCAGUACACGUUUGCCAUGUGCAGCUACAGAGAGAAGAAAGCUGAGCCCCAGGAGCUGAUGCAGCUGGAGGGUUACACCGUGGACUACUGUGACCCUCAGCCAGGUCUUCAGGGCGGAUGUGUAUUUUUUAAUGCCGUGAAGGAAGGCGACCUGGUAAUAUUUGCCUGUGAUGAUGAGCAGGACCGAGUUCUGUGGGUUCAAGCUAUGUACCGAGCCACCGGUCAGUCCUAUAAACCCGUCCCUCCACAACUAAACAGAACCACAAAUCGCAAAGAGGGAAACCCCAAACCACCGACCCCCAUCAGUUUGAAUCCCAGUCAGCGUCAAGGAGUGGAGGACCUGAUCUCUGCAACUCCGAGUCGAUUUGACCACUCCACUCUGUUCAGAGUCUUACAGAAAAAGACCCUGCAGCACCGCAUGAAUGACUCCUUCUCCUGCCUGGGCUGGUUCAGUCCAGGCCAGGUCUUUGUUUUGGACGAGUACUGUGCUCGGUAUGGUGUUCGGGGCUGCCACCGCCACCUGAGCUACCUGAAGGACUUGAUGGAUUAUUCGGAGAAGAGCGCCCUGGUGGACCCCACACUGCUGCAUUACAGCUACGCCUUCUGCGCCUCUCACAUCCAUGGAAACAGGCCUGAUGGGAUGGGAACUGUGACUGUGGAGGAAAAGGAGCAGUUUGAGUCCAUCAGAAGUCGCCUCAUGACUUUACUGAUGAACCAAAUUACACACUUCAGGUACUGUUUUCCUUUUGGACGACCAGAUGGAGCCUUGAAAGCAACGCUCUCCCUGCUGGAAAGGGUUUUAAUGAGGGACAUCACCACACCUGUUCCCUCAGAGGAGAUGAAGAACCUCCUUCAGAAGUGUCUGGAAAAGGCCGCUCAGAUCAACUACAGUCAACUGCUGGACUACGCCCAGAUCAAAGUGGACCCUGAAGAAGCUGCAGACAAACAGCUGGAGGACAUGUUGAUGUUGGGUGAACUCUGCAUUGAAGUCCUGCAGCAGAAUGAUGAGCAUCAUUCGGAGGGAAGAGAGGCGUUCUCCUGGUGGUCUGACCUGCUGGCAGACCACGCAGAGGCCUUCCUCUGCCUCUACAGACAGAACCUGGACUCAGCUCUGCAGGUCCAGCCUGCUGACUCCUGGAACACCUUCCCCUUGUUCCAGCUUCUCAACAACUUCCUACGAACUGACCCUCACCUGUGCAACGGGCCAUUCCACAAACACCUGCAGGACGUGUUUGUCCCUCUGGUGGUGCGGUACAUCGAUCUGAUGGAGUCGUCCAUCGCUCAGUCCAUCCAUCGUGGCUUUGAGCAGGAGACCUGGCAGCCCGUCAGGUCUCUAACUAACAAUCUAGCCAGUGUCCCUCUUCCAAAAGUCCCCAACCUUUCCCUAACAUUACCACAGAUGCCCAGCUUCUCUGCACCAGCCUGGAUGGGACCUCUGUGUGAGAACACCUUGCAUGGAAUCAAUCUGCCUGACAUUUUCAACGGCUCGGCCACCUCGGAGGAUCUGUUCUGGAAGCUGGACGCGCUCCAGAUGUUCGUUCUGGACCUGAACUGGCCCGAGCCGGAGUUCGCCAAACACCUGGAGCAGAGGCUGAAGCUGAUGGCCAGCGACAUGAUGGAGGCCUGUGUGAAAAGAACAAAAUCUGCGUUCGAUGCCAAAAUGCAAAAAGCGAGCAAGUCGACGGAGUUCCGUGUGCCGCUGUCUGUCUGCACCAUGUUCAACAUCCUGAUGGAUGCUAAGAAGCAGUGCUCCAAACUCUGUGUGCUGGACUGCAGUCAGGAGACAGACAAACAGUGGCAGCAGUACCACUCAAGAAUCGAUGUUCUGAUUGAUGAGACCUUCAAAGAAAUGAUCUCCUCCCUCAUUUCAAAGUUUGCUGUUGUUUUAGAUGGUGUCCUCUCCAAACUCUCCCGAUACGAUGAAGGCACAUUCUUCUCCUCAAUCCUCUCUUUCACAGUGAAAGCAGCUGCCAAAUAUGUGGAAGUGCCUAAACCAGGGAUGGAUCUUGCAGACACCUACAUCACCUUUGUUCGUCAGAACCAGGACAUCCUUCGAGAUCGUAUUAGUGACGAGCUCUACAUUGAAAAUUUGUUUGAGCAGUGGUACAGCAGCUCGAUGAAGGCUGUGUGUGUUUGGCUGACGGACAGACUGGACCUGCAGCUCCACACCUACCAGCUGAAAACACUCAUCAAGAUAGUCAAGAAGACCUACCGUGACUUCAGGCUGCAGGGGGUCUUGGACGGCACGCUGAACAACAGGAGCUAUGAGACCAUCUACAACCGGCUGACGGUGGAGGAGGCCACAGCAGCUGUGAAGGCAGGCGGGGCCCUGCAGGGCCUGAGCAUGAGGGACAGUGAUGAAGAGGACAUCUAGUCUCACACAGAGGACAUCCUCCCUUCACUCUGACACAUCCGGACCUCCUGACCCACUCACAACGGACCCAUGCUGUCACUGGGCUUAAGUAGCACCUAACUGUUUCUAAAGAUUAAAACUUGUUUCAUCAGAUUGUCUUGUUUCCUAAACUGUGCAUCAUUUAUUCUCUUUAAUAAAUGUUUCCUCUCAC